AUGAUUGACGAAAAGUGGUGGAAAGAAGCAACUGUUUAUCAAAUCUGGCCAACAUCUUAUAAGGAUUCCAAUGGAGAUGGUGUUGGUGAUAUACCUGGUGUCACAAGUACUUUACCUUAUCUUCAAGAAUUGGGAAUCGAUGUAGUUUGGUUAAGUCCAAUGUAUGAUUCACCAAUGAAUGAUUUCGGUUAUGAUAUUUCUGAUUAUGAAAAUGUUUAUCCUGGUUUUGGUACUUUACAAGAUAUGGAUACGUUGAUUCAAGAAUGUCAUUCAAGAGGAAUGAAGAUUAUAUUGGAUUUAGUUAUCAAUCAUACUUCUGAUCAGCAUGCUUGGUUCAAAGAAUCUAGAUUGUCCAAAGAUAACGCGAAACGAGAUUGGUAUAUUUGGAAACCUCCAAGAUACGAUUCCGAAGGUAAUAGACACCCACCAAACAAUUGGGGAUCUUAUUUCUCAGGCUCGGCUUGGAAAUAUGACGAAUUGACCAACGAAUAUUACCUUCAUCUUUUUGCUGAAUCACAACCUGAUUUGAAUUGGGAAAAUGAAGACACGCGACAAGCAAUUUUCCAAUCAGCAAUUAAAUUCUGGUUAGAUCGUGGUGUAGAUGGAUUCAGAAUCGAUACUGCUGGAAUGUAUUCAAAACAUCAAGGUUUCAAAGACGCGCCUAUAAAAUUCGCCGAUAUAGAAUUCCAACCUUGUAAGAUCUAUCAUCAGCAUGGACCAAGAAUUCAUGAAUUCCAUAAAGCAAUAGCUGAUCUCAUGAAACCAUUUGAUGUCAUGACCGUGGGAGAAGUUGGACAUUCGACCCGUGAAGAAUCUCUCAAAUAUGUAAGUGCCAAAGAAUGUGAAAUGAAUAUGAUGUUUUUGUUCGACGUGGUUGAACUUGGAACAGACCCCGCUGAUAGGUUUAGAAUGCAUGAGUUCAAUUUGUUAAAUUUCAAAAAAGCAGUUAAAACCCAAGGUGAAUUUAUCGAAGGCACUGAUGCCUGGUCUACAGUAUUUAUCGAAAAUCAUGAUUUCCCUAGGUCUAUUAGUAGAUUUGGAAAUGAUUCUCCGGAAUUUAGAAUUGCUUCAGGGAAGGCAUUGGCUAUGUUACAAUGUUGUCUUACUGGUACAGAAUUCAUAUUCCAAGGACAAGAGAUUGGUAUGGUUAAUGUUCCCAAAGAUUGGACAAUUGACGAUUAUAAGGAUAUUGGAACUUUGAAUUACUAUAAGCAAUUCUUAGAAUUAAAUCCAAAUGCUGAUGCCAAACAGUUGAAUGAGUUAAUGAAGAAGAUUAAUUUGUUGGCAAGGGAUAAUGCAAGAACUCCUAUGCAAUGGGAUUCGACCCCAAAUGCAGGCUUUACAUCUGGAACACCAUGGAUGAGGGUAAAUGAUAAUUACCAAAAAAUUAAUGUCAAGAAUGAGUCGUGCAACCCAGAUUCGUUGUUAUCAUUUUGGAAGAAGAUGAUUCAACUUAGAAAACAAUAUAAGGAUGUUUUCAUUUAUGGGCAUUUCAAAAUUCUUGAUUUUGAGAAUCCCAAGUUGUUUACGUUCUUGAAAGAAGGUAAGGAUAGAACUACAUAUACUGUUAUUAAUUUCUCUACUGAAGAAGUUGAAUUUGAGAAAUUGGUUAAUGAAGAUCUUGAAUUCCUUCAAUCUACUUCCUCGUCGAUUAAAAGCAAUGAUAAAUUAUCUCCAUACGAAGGAAGGGUUUAUCUAUUAAAACAUUGA